AUGGAAGAGGAAAACCAGACAGGAGCGGUUCACUUCCACUUCCGCCCCUUCUCAACAGACCCGGCAGUGGCUUCCCUCCUAUUUGUGGCCUUCUUGAUCUUGUACCUAGGAAGCCUCUUUGGAAAUGCCACCAUUGGGCUCACAGUCUGGCGAGAUCACUCCCUCCAUACUCCAAUGUACUUCUUCCUUUUUGCUCUGGCCAUGCUGGAGAUUGGCUACUCUACCAACAUUCCUCCCAUGACUCUGGUUAGCAUCCUUUCCAUGGGGAAGAUGCUUAUCUCUCUCCCUGGCUGUGGGGCCCAGAUGUUCUUCUUCAUCCUUCUUAGGGGGUCUGACUGUGUCUUGCUUGCUGUGAUGGCUUAUGACAGGUAUGUGGCAAUUUGCCAUCCACUGCACUACAACCUCAUCAUGAGUUGGCAGCUCUGUAGGCAGAUGACUUUAGGUUCUUUGGGGCUGGGAUUCCUGUUGUCACUGCCUUUGACCAUUCUCAUCUGCCGCCUUCCAUUCUGUGGCCACAAUGAAAUCUACCACUUCUUCUGUGACAUGCCUGCAGUUAUGCGCCUGGCCUGUGCAGACACCCAUGUGCAUGAGGCGGCUCUCUAUGCCAUCAGUGUGGCUGCUGUGGCCAUCCCCUUCCUCCUUAUCUGUCUCUCUUGCCUCAUUGUGGCCACCAUCCUGAGGAUGAAUUCAGCUGAUGGAAAGCGCUGGGCCUUCUCCACCUGUUCCUCCCACCUCAUCGUGGUUAUUCUGCAGUAUGGGUGUUGCACCCUUAUCUACCUUCGCACAAGGUCUAGCUACUCCCCAGAAGAGGGCCGGGUGGUGUCUGUUGUCUACACCUUUUUCUCACCAGUGCUGAACCCCUUGAUCUAUAGCAUAAGGAAUCAAGAGGUAACAGAUGCAAUAAGGAGAUGUAUGGCAAGAAUGGGCUGGUUCAGGAAGCCAGAAAUAUUCCUCCCUAGAAAAACUAUCCCCCAAGCCAGGAGUAGGGGCAUGAGCUGA